AGUUGUACAAAUUGACAAAUUGUCAUAUGACCAUGCAUAAACACAAAAUAUAUCCUUGAUUCUUGUAUCUAGGUGUUUAUCGCUGUUUAAUCUAAUUAAUUGUAUCAUCAUGUUGUUUAUGGCUGUUUAAUUUAAUUAAUUGUAUAGUUUCACCGAUAACUCGUAUUAAUAAUAAUGAUGUCUAAAAUAAUAUUGUUUCUGCUACUUUUUGUCGGCUUUACUGUUAGCCAAGUUCCACCAUUUAAAGAAGAAUGUGUAAAAGAUGCAUAUCCCCCACCAGCAAGUCUUCUUGUAAAAGAGUACAUCAUUAAUUUAGAUUUAGCACCAGAAGAAAGAUGGGCUGAAUUAGUCAAGGAAAAAGCUGAAUUGAUAAAAAACAUUUUGGCUAAAUUCAAAGAGUUUGUCCGUGAUUGGGGCCAGGAAGCAGCUAAAUUGAUAGAAUUGGUGGAUGAGAAAUUUGGAAAAUUUGAUGACACAUUACCUGAACCAUUUAGAGGAGAACUGUUGGGUAUUGCUAAAUAUUCUAACCUUAACUUGGGUGAAGUAGUAUUAUAUAAUAUAUUUUAUGAAAUAUUUACCGUUUGUACAUCUAUAGUAGCAGAAGAUCCUUCAGGGAAUCUGUAUCAUGCUCGUAAUCUCGAUUUUGGACUCUUUAUUGGAUGGGAUAUCAGAAAUGAGACCUGGGAAAUAACAGAAGCGUUAAAACCACUAAUAGUUAAUUUAAACUUUCAACGAUCAGGACAAACUGUAUUUAAAUCUGUCAAUUACGCUGGUUAUGUUGGAAUUCUAACAGCAGUCAAACCAAAAACCUUCACAUUGUCUAUGGAUGAAAGAUUUAAUAAAGAUGGUGGAUUUAUAGGUAUUAUAGAAUGGUUGCUAGGUAUAAGAACUGGAUCAUGGAUGGGAUUUUUAACACGUAAUGUAAUGGAGAAUAGUACAUCGUAUAGUGAUGCUAGAGAUGUCUUAUCUAAUACAGAAAUGUUGGCACCUGCAUAUUUUAUACUUGGUGGUACCAAGUCAGGAGAGGGUUGUGUAAUAACACGAGAUAGAGAGAAGACUAUUGAUAUAUGGGAAAUGAAGUCUGCAGGUGGAUGGUAUAUACUGGAAACUAAUUAUGAUCAUUGGACCAAACCAUUGUUUUUAGAUGAUCGUCGUACACCAGCUAAUAACUGUAUGAGAAAUAUGACACAGACUAAUGUAUCAGUUAAAGGCAUAUUUAAUGUGCUCAGUUCUAAACCAGUUCUAAAUAAGUUAACAACCUAUACAGCUGUAAUGGAGGUAUCUACAGGUCAUCUAGAAACUUAUUUAGCCAACUGUACAGAUCCUUGUUUUCCUUGGUAAAUAAUGAAUCAAGUUUUCAACAGAUUUCAUCGUUUUUAGGAUACAUUUAUUUUUUAAAUACUAUCUUGAAGUUGUAUAUAUUUUUGAAGUAAUACUGUUAUAUCUCGUAUAUAUUUUGUCAAUGUUGGAUAUAUUUUUGAAGUAAUACUGUCUUCUCCUUGGGAUAUAUUUUUAAGGAAAAACUAUCCAGAGGUUAGGUAUAUUUUGGAAGUAAAACCAUCUUUAAGUUGUAUAUAUUUUUGAAGAAAUAAUAUCUUUUGGCUGGAUAUAGUUUUGAAGAAAUAAUAUCUUUUGGCUGGAUAUAGUUUUGAAGAAAUAAUAUCUUUUGUUUGGAUAUAUUUUGAAGAAAUAAUAUCUUUUGGUUGGAUAUAUUUUGAAGAAAUAAUAUCUUUUGGUUGGAUAUAUUUUUGAAGAAAUAAUAUCUUUUGGUUAGAUAUAUUUUUGAAGAAAUACUAUCUUGAAGUAUAUAUUUUUGAAGUUAUAGUAUUGUUUGGUUGGGAUGUAUUUUUGAAGAAAUAUUACUUUUCUGUCUUACUGUCCUUUUGAGUUGGCCAGUGGCUACAAAAAAUAUUCUGCCAAAGUUACCCCCAAAGCUCUGUGGAUUUCAUUUAUCCCAACCAGAAAUUAAGAUAUGAAAUUGAUACCCAUUCAUGAUUUUCCAACUGUGAUAAUAAAAAACUUUCUAUUUUAAUAGCCUUUAUAAUAAUUCCCUAAGACAUAUUUAUUGUUUAAUUGUUAUUAACUAUUGAUAUUUUGUUGGUAGAUUUUGUUAUGCUUAUUUAAUAAAGAAGAGAACAUUUAAAUUAAAGGUUAA